GAUUCUCGACAGACGCACGUGGGGACGUGUGCACGCGUAUAUUUUAACAUCAUUAUUGCCGUUUCUAAUAAUAUUAUCUUCAUUGCGGUUGGAAGUGUAACAAUUAUUAUUAUUUAAUAACCUAACCAUGAGUGAGCUUGAACGACAGUCGUGCAGACGAGUGAUUUUCGACCGGGUGUUGGGCAAAGGGACAUUCAGUACGGUGUACAAAGCACUGGUAGAGCCGGACAACGAACACAUUGCCCUAAAAAUAGUACACUUGCAGAACAUUGUUCACGACCCAAAAACCGUACGGGAUUGCGUGAACGAAAUCAGCAACUUAAAGAAACUGAAUCAUUCAAAUAUAAUACGAUGCUUGUGGUGGGAUUUUUCGGAUUUUGAAUUGAAAAUUGGCUUGGAACUUGCUACUGGCGGAGAUUUAAGACGGAUUAUUCAUGAACAUUACGAUAAGUUUAGUCUAAUUAAAGAAUCGAUCAUUUGGUCCUGUGGCGUCCAAUUGUCCAGUGCACUUUAUCACAUGCAUAAAUCAAGAAUAAUGCAUCGAGACAUCAAACCGGCCAACAUUUUUGUAUACGGAUUGAAAGAAGAAGAAAAUUCGCUUUACGAGCGGUGGAGAGGAGUAAAAAUUAAGCUUGGCGACUUUGGAUUUAGCAAAAAUAUAACGAACAGUCUAGACAUGACAUGUAGAUCGGUGCUAGGCUCUCCUCUAUACAUGAGCCCCGAGAGGAUGUUACAUCAAAAGUAUUACUUUGAUAGCGAUAUAUGGUCAAUGGCUUGUGUCAUAUACGAGUUGGUGGCACUUCAGGCGCCAUUUCAUUUGAAUACCUUAGACAUGAACUUGAUGACCAAAAGAAUUAUACAUGGAUUUUACCCACCCAUACCUUCAGACAUCUAUUCCAUAAAGAUUACAAAAUUCAUAGAUAGCUGUAUUAUAGUCGAUCACAAGUCCAGGCCAAAUAUAUCACAGAUCCUGAGAGUAACACAGAGAGGAUUGGCAGAAUCUUGGAACACCGUACUUUCAUCAUAGUAUUAUGAUGAAGUUAUGUUUAUAUAAAAUACCAUUAUAGUAUUAUUAUAAUAUAGAUUCCACAUUAUUAUAAUGAUUA